GGGCCAGCCCGCGUGCCUGUGGUCAGCUGGCGGGAAGGGGUGGUACCAUCCGUGCGAGACGGGGGUUUUGCAGGACGGGGGGGCAGACGCUGUGCCUUCGGAAUCCUUCCAUCGAAGGACAUAUAUAGCCAUAUAUAUAUUUAUAGAAUAUAUCCCUCUUUCCCUUAGGUUGUGUCUUGUUGUGUUCCUCGUGUCCUUGUCCCAGAGACCGGGGCUGGGGGGGUCCCUUUGUCCUGACAAGCAGCCCGAGGUGCCCCUCGCCUGUCCCGGGGCGCGAUGUCAGCGCGGCGCGCGCUGAAGGCCGUGCUGGUGGAUCUCAAUGGCACCCUCCACGUCGAGGACUCGGCCGUGCCGGGAGCCCAGGAGGCCCUCAAAAGGCUGCGCGGUGCCCCGGUGACCGUCCGGUUUGUGACCAACACCACCAAGGAGAGCAAGAGGGACCUGCUGGAGAGGCUGACGGGGCUGGGGUUCGACAUCGCGGAGCACGAGAUCUUCACCUCCCUGACAGCAGCCAGGAACCUCCUGGAGCAGCAGCAGGUGCGGCCCCUGCUCCUGGUGGACAACAAGGCCCUGCCUGAUUUCACAGGGAUUGGCACAGAUAACCCCAAUGCAGUGGUGGUGGGACUGGCUCCUGAGCACUUCCACUACGAGAUGAUGAACAGAGCCUUUAGGUUAAUUUUGGAUGGGGCGCCUCUCAUAGCCAUCCAUAAAGCCAGGUACUUCAAGAAGAAGGACGGCCUGUGCCUGGGACCCGGGCCUUUUGUGACAGGGCUGGAGUACGCGACGGACACCAAGGCCACCGUGGUGGGGAAGCCAGAGAAGACCUUCUUCCUGGAGGCUCUGCGGGGCACCGGCUGUGCCCCCGAGGAGGCCGUCAUGAUUGGAGAUGACUGCAGGGAUGAUGUUGGUGGUGCCCAGCAGGCGGGCAUGCGUGGGAUUUUGGUAAGGACAGGUAAAUACCGUCCAGCAGAUGAAGACAAAAUCAACCCGCCUCCCUACUUAACCUGUGAGAAUUUCCCAGAGGCAGUGGAACAUAUCCUGAAGCAGAUGCUGUGAGAAAGGGAACAGCUAGCUUGAAGAAACAUCUGUUUCACACCAUUUCCUUCAUUCUUGCUUCAAAAAUUAAGGUCCCAAGAUCAGUGCAUGCGUGGCAUCCAUCGGAAACCACCCUGGGCUGUGAGGGGCAGGGGAUCCAUGUGUGCCCAGCACACACAGGGAGUGUGGCAGUGUUUUCUUAUUUUCACUUUUCAAAGGAUUCCUGAUGAAAAGCCCCGUCUGGAAGGCGUCACCUUCUGCAGAACAAGUUAAGCUGAAAACAUGCACUGAAAAUGCUCAAGUAAAUAAAGCUCAAACACCAGCAGAGCCUCAGUGGGCCUCUGAUGAUUUCACUGAUGUUUCUGCUCUGCUCUGACUUAAAGGUAGAGAUUGUGCACAUUUAGAAGUGACUCUUAAAUGAAAAUACCACCAUUGCUUAAUAAUAACUACUGUGGCUGUCUUUCAUUAGAGCAGAUCCUGUUAUUUGCUUUUCAAAUUUUACAUAAAAUUAAAAACUGUCAGCAUUUUACAGAUGUUUUAAUUAGAUACUGUUAUUAAAAAGAAUGAUACAGAAACAAAACUCUGGUAUUAAAUGCCUUAGAGACUGUGACUUUUUAAAAUUAGGCUUCAGCAGGGUCCUAUUAAUGCUACAGUUGCAAAAUUUCACUGUUGUUGGGGAUUUUUUUGUUCUUUUUAAUGUUAUGGAAAAAAUCCUUCACAAGCCAUGGGGACAGAUUCCAGUUUUUACAGUUGGUUAGCAGAGCUGUAAAAUGAAAUUUAAUUCUGUAGCGUGCAAUGCUUUUCUUAUGCACUACAUCCCCCAAUAUGAACCAACUUUGUAAUGAUGGUAAAUGGCUUUUCUGGUCCAUUUGCAAACUGUAAUAAUCAAAGUCCUUUACAGUUGUUUUACAGUGCUCCUGUGUGUUAAAUUAUUAUAUUGUAAUUAUGCAUUACUGGAGUAUUAACCUUAUUGAAAAUACAGUUUUGUGUUAAUGAGC